CGGAGAAGCCUGCUGCCCGGGGCCGCCCUGGGGCGCCUGCUCGCGGCGCCUUCGUGGUUGGAGGGCGCCUGCACCAGGGGCGCGGGGCGGGUGCUGCGCCCUCAGGGCACCGAGGGACGGCUGUGCGCGUAUGGCCCGACCAGCACGGCCCGCGGACGCUGCUGCGUGGUGGGAGCCCUCAUGUCGGUGCUCAGACUUCGCCGCGGACCAGCCACUUUCACGAGCCGCGUUUCUUUUCAGCGGAGGACGUUAAGGUCUAAACCGACUCACCUGGCAGUGAAGGGGCCCGCGGUUUCGGAUUCCAGUUGACCACGGCUCUUGGUGCUUUCCUGGCUUUCCCCGAAUAUCCUCUCCGCAGCGGGUGCUCGUGGUUAGGGCCAGGAGUGCUCUGUGGGACACGCAGAGGGCGUGUGCCUGGGGCUCUGGAAGGAGCCAGAGGGCCGUUUGGGGUGGUUGAGGGUAUCCCCGGCUCACCGCCUUAUGCCCUGGGCGAGUGCGUCUUGCCCUGUUAGCCAGGCCGACCUCGCCGCUCAGGCAGAGACAGCGACGCGAGGCUCCGAGAUCAGCAAAAAUCCUGGGCUGGGUGCGGAGACACUGCUGCGAUUAAGGAAAUGGGUCCCCGUAGGUUUGAAGUUGACAGAGCAAGCAAACCAGGGGCCAGUCCCCCAGCAGCUUUUGUUCUGGUUUGUUUUGAAGUGAUGUAACCUUUCCCAGUGGUUAGACCCGCUCAGAGGAGUUUAGUGUGCGGAGGGCUAAGCCUCUAAGCCCUUUGGUUUAUGAGUUUGUUUAAUCUUUGCAACAACCCUAGGUGGUAGUCACGUUGUUAACGGCUUUAAAGAGGAGGAAAUCAGGGCACAGAGAAGUGAGAUGCAGUGUGUGUGGCAGAGCUGGGGUUCAGACCCAAGCAGCUUGGGUUCAGCAGAGGGAGAGGCUCAGGGCCUGGCCUUCAUUCUCAGGGGCCCAGGGAAAGGAUGGAUGAGUGGACAGAAACUUGGGCUGGGCCACAGCUCUGUGGGUGGUGGGGUGGCAGAUGGUGGCGAGGAGGGGCUUUCUGAGGAGGUUGUUGGAAGCAGGAACAAGUGCUUGCCAGACGGAGGGGACUGUGAGCCAAGGCGGAGCAAGGCAGGAAGGACCUCUGGGCGUCAGCUUUGUCCCCUCUCUCUGCCCAGCUCCGAGGUGACGCAUGUGGUAAUGGAACAGACCUCGGUAGAGGAGGCCAGGUGCUGGCAGGAGCGUAGGGCGGCGGCCUCUCCUCCAGAGGGCACCUGCCCGGCGCUGCUGGACAUCAGCUGGUUCACGGAAAGCAUGGCGGCUGGACAGCCUGUGCCCGUGGAGCCUCGGCACCGUCUGGAGGCGGCUGUGCCCGGGAAAGGGCCGCCCGGCCCCGUGAGGGUGCCACCCUACGCCUGCCAGCGCCCCACGCCGCUCACACACCCCAACACCAGCCUCUCGGAGGCUCUGGAGGUGCUUGCGGAGGCCGCAGGCUUUGAGGGCAGUGAGGGCCGCUUCCUCUCCUUCCGCAGAGCCGCCGCGGUGCUCAAGGCCCUUCCGAGCCAGGUCACGGCCCCGAGCCAGCUGCAGGGGCUGCCCAACUUUGGAGAACACUCCUGCAGGGUCGUCCAGGAGCUGCUGGAACAUGGGGUGUGUGAGGAGGUGGAGAGGGUCCGGCGGUCAGAGCGGUACCAGACCAUGAAGCUUUUCACCGGGAUCUUCGGGGUUGGGGUAAAGACUGCUGACCGCUGGUACCGGGACGGGCUGCGGACCCUGGACAGCCUCCACAAACAGCUCCAAAGGCUGACCCAGCAGCAGAGAGCAGGACUCCAGCACUACCGUGAGCUGAGCGUCCCGGUGCAGCGGCCAGAAGCCGAGGCCCUGCAGCAGGAGGUGGAGGCUGCUGCGGUGGACAUCCUGCCCGGGGCCACUGUGACACUGGUGGGCGGCUUCCGGAGGGGUAAGUUGCACGGCCACGACGUGGACUUGCUGCUCAGCCAUCCCCAGGAGGGCCUGGUGGCAGGGCUCCUGCCCCAUGUGAUGCGCCGCCUGGAGAGGCAGGGCCUUGUCCUGUACCACCAGCACCACCACGGCCACCCCGAAGAUGCCGCGCGCCGGACCCGGCACAGCCACACCAUGGACGCCUUUGAGAGGAGUUUCUGCAUUUUCUGCCUGCCACAUUCCCCAGGGGCCGAAGCAGGGGGCGCCCAUAGGCGGGCCGUGCGCGUGGACCUGGUGGCGGUCCCUGUCAGCCAGCUCCCCUUCGCCCUGCUUGGCUGGACGGGCUCUAAGCAUUUUGAGCGGGAGCUGCGCCGCUUCAGCCGGAAGGAGAGAGGGCUGUGCCUGAACAGCCAUGGGCUCUUUGACCCCGAGCAGAAGAUGCUGCUCCGUGUGGCCUCCGAGGAAGACAUAUUCAGGCACCUGGGCCUCGAGUACCUUCCUCCAGAGCAGAGAAACGCCUGAACCUGCCUGCCCGGCCCACUCAGCGCUGGUGAGCCAGGCCCCGUGGGCUCCGGGAGAAGCUGCGCUGCUGCCCCAAGCCCUCGCCCCUGCCGACCCCUGACCGGAGCCCCACCGUGCAGGGCGCUUCUCGCCCCCUCCCCAACUUCCAGUCCAGGAUCUAAUGAAAUGAGCAUGUUGUCCAAACCAAGCUCUGUGUUCUGAGCGUGCUGCUGUGACGGGGGAGCAUGGGGCACCUGGCCCCCAUCGGCUAUGGGCUCCCCUCCUCUGCACACUCCUCCGCUCUGACCGAGCCGCACACGCCCGUGGGGCCAUCAUGGAGGGGCACUGAGUGUGCGGAGUCCCCUGCUCGGCCCUCGGGCCUGCUCCUGCUCCAGUGCCCUCGCUGCUGGACUGUCCACUCAGAACACUGUCCUGACGCACAUGUCUCUGUCAGGUUAGGACUCCCCGGACCACUCUCUGGAAUAAAAAAUAUUUUUUAAAGUAA